AUGCCAUCAUAUAUCUACCAGCCCGAGCUGCCCCACCGGCUACCCACCACUAGCCAGAUUCAGAGUUUCCAUACUCUGCCGGACUCUCCGGCUAACGGGUUGGAGAGGAUGGUGCAGGAACUCAGCCAUGAACUCCCUUCGACGGAUAAUGACACCGUUAUGGAAGACGAGACUAUCGAUCCAAUGCUUAUUGACGAUGAUCCUGCCCAAGUCCAGUAUCCGCUCCUGGACCUGGAUAAUAUCAGCGGCCUCGAGGAGGUAAUACACUUCAUACUUUCCGCAUACGACAUCACAUUCAAGGAGGUGCGCUACGAACUUGUCGAAACUCACGUCGACGGUCAAGCCUGCUUUGUCCCGCUCGCUAAGGUCAUCGUCGGAGAACCUAAUUUGCACGAUGCCUGGGGUGUUGCCUGUGACUCGAUUCGCCGCUGCCUAGACUUGUGGGGGUUGGAGGAGUUCGACGUUGAGAUUGAGUACUGGGGUGCGGAAGAGCAUGUUGCUGGCGGCGCGCAGGAGGGAUAUUCAGAGCCGUGGAAUUUACCUCUGGAUGACCUGCUCUUGGAUCGGUGCCAGAAUGGAGACAACUAUGCUACUUCGUGUGUUGCGGCGGCUGACACCGCACUAUGA